ACUGCAUUAUUUCUCAUAAAAAGGUAUAUAAAAAUACAUUGAUAUUGUUCAGCAUUUAUGUAGUUUUAAUUAUAUACAAUUUUUUAGAUCGUGAUGUAAGACGAACAGUUUUAUAUAAGUUUUAAAGAAUUAUCGUCUUAAAUGUUUAAGAUUCGAGAUUUGAUAACUCUCUUGAUGCAGCCUCGGCAUAAUUAAAUAAAUGUAUAAUUGUUAUAUCUUGCAGAUGUUGAAAUUCAGUGGUGCCGUGAUUUGGAGGUUAGGGACAAGAGCUAAUGCUCGAAAAUAUUCAAGUCCUAGCGCUGCAGCCUUCAAAACUAAUAAGAGUGAGACUAGAAGCGUGUCGGACAAAAAUGAAUUAGGGUUAUCAGAAUCAAACCAAGAGAAUUCAGGUCUUGUUGCUGCAGCUUUUGCCUCUCUUAAUGCACCUGAUGACAAUGAUACUACGAAACAGAAACCUAGUCCUAAAUCAGUGAAAUAUAGUAAAUUCCAAAUGCUAGAUCAUCAAAUACAGAAGGCAAAAGAUGUUGAUAGUCUGCUCCUUGUCGCUGAGAAUGCAGUUGUAUCUAGACAACACGCUUUAAAGAUGGUAUCAGUGUUGUCAGAGUGGUCGAACAAUAACAAAGUGAAGAUCGCUGAUUUCGAGAAGGAUCCACGGUUCCUGAAACUGUGUCGCAUAUUGGCACGCACACCUAGCACACAGGCCAUCAGCUCGUUGACUAUGGCUGAAGACUUGGGCACGGUGCUUGGCAUUACUGGAGACGAUGAAGCUGCUAGACUUAUAGCUAACUUGACAAUGCCACAGAUGAUAAAGGUGAUGAAAGCUCUCCAACAAAAAGGCCGUCGCAGCACCCCCUUACUUCGUGCGUUGUCGCACAAUAUCACGCGACAAUCAGAGGUCAUCGACCUCAAGAAAUCAGCUGAUUUGCUCUUCUCCAUGACGGCGCUGAAUUUCCCCGAUCCCAUUCUCUUAGACAGGAUAUGCCAUGAUGUGAUAGAGAGUCUACCAACGAAUGAAGACAAGCCAACUGUGGUGAACUCUAUAAUAGUAUCGCUUGGUCUAUUGAAGUAUCGGCAUGAGGCGGCACUGUCGGCUAUAUCGGAUUGGCUACAGUCGAGAAGAAACGUGAUCCGAGCAGCAGACGUGUCAUCCGCUGUAGUAACAUACGCCACACUUAACUUUAUACCACCACAGAGUGAAAGCCUGUUUGACUUGGCGAUAUCACUUAAAGAGGAGGAGAUGUCAAAGUCAACCUCCUGGCUAGAUCUCGUGUUUGCACUCUUGGUCCUAGAGAAGGCGCAGAAGGAACACCUCGCAUCAACUCUACGAACAGAUUUCAUAGAUAAACUAUUGACCUCUGGAGGUAAGGAAAUUUAGUCUAUAUUCUUGAUUAUGUAUUGUUAUUGUACCACUUAUUUUGGAGUUUCUAUUUAAAAAGUUUAAACUUUAUUAAUAGUAGUAAAAUUUAGUUGAUUGUGGUAUCUUACUAACUUCAUAUUGCUUUGUUUUGGCAUAUAACAAAAACUUCUAAUCAUAAUAUUUUUAGUAAGUAAAGUUUUAGUAAGGAUAAUUUAAGUCCAUCAUUUGAUUCAUUAAAUAAAUAAAUAUGAUAGGCACACAUGGCUGCACGUCCGGUUACCACAAUAUAUCAAAUUUAGCCAGUCGAUUUUUAUCUCUAACCUCAAAGCAUUAAGUUUCAAAAUCAAGUGGAGAAAUCGGCACUGUCAAAUGUUGUACACACAACAUCAUGUCAGGUUAUCACAAUAUGUCAAAUUUCUGCAGUUGAUUUUGAACUCUACCAACACUGCUUUAAGGUUUAAAAUUCAAAUGGAGAAAUUUGAGAGUUGUUAUUAAUCUGACAUGCUGUUGGCUGUAUAACAGAAUUGCCAUUGCAUCUUUUUAUCUUAUAGAAAAAUGUAUCUUAUUUCCAUUGGCAUAGAGAUCUCAAUACCGUCCCGGCGGAAACUAAUGAUGAUAGAUGCGUACGCGCAGUUGAAGUACAAGGGCAAAUUGCCGCGAUUGCCUGAAGAUAUCUCGGUGGGAGUUCCCGUGGUACAUACCAAGGAGAAGGUGGCUUACGUACACACAAUACUGGACACAUUCAAGACUCUGGUAUCUGCUGAUACUUUCCUAAAGAAAGAUUGUAAUUCUGGCAUGGGAUUCCUUUAUGACGCCGAAUUUGCCGUCGAUGCCAAUUGUCACCCAGUUCCAUUAGAAAAGGCGGUCAAUGAUAAAAGUAAACACCGGAUAGCUGUAUUGGGUUUGGAUUAUCACGAUAUGACGCGGAAGGUGACCGUGCCGCUCGGCUUCAAUCAUCUCAGCCAUCAGCUGUUACAACUACAGGGCUUCAAAGUUCUUCAGAUACCGUACACAGAAUUCAACCCUAAAGAUAAGUUGGUGACCAGAGUCCAGUACAUCAACAGACGGCUCCAGGAGCUGAUCAGGGAGAAGCCCGCUGCGUAACGUUACCAACUCGUGUGUGGGACUUGACGAAAUGUGUAUAUAGUGACCCAGGGUUAAUGUUACGUCAGUGAGAUCAUUGUUUAUGUUAAAUUAUUGUUUUUUUUUCUUACACCAUGCGAAAUUGUAAAUUUAUAGAAAAAUAUUUAAAAACCAACAUUUGCAGGGCAGUGGCGGACUAAGAGGGGGUAAGGGGUGUCCCAAGCCUCCGGUCCCAAAAGGCCUCCAAAUG